CCGGCCGAUAUAUUCUGUGGGUGGGCACCUGUUGACCACCGACCCGCGAGGACAAGUGAGAACAGGGAUUUUGACCUCAUCCGAUAUUUUGUGGUUUUUGCCAUGAUGGGAAUUUAUCGUGUGCUGCGGCUGGUUGGCGGCUAUUUUCUGGGCCUCCUGGGCUUGAUGGGAAUCUUGGUCGCCACGGCCUCCCGAGGCUGGGUGCGCGUCUGCAAGUUCGGUCCCCCGGAAACCUGCUACAUGGACCCCGUAGUGAUUACGGAGGGCCUCUGGGAUAUCUGCGUGUAUGCUGAAGACAAUGUGACCGAUUACUUGUGCAAGCCCUUGGACAAAACUCCAGUCUACAUUUGGAUGAGUCAACGCCUGAUGAUCGCAAGUUCCAUUUUGAACAUGGUGGCCUUGGCGAUGGCGAUUGUCUACUUGCUGGCCGGGACCUUUUGUCGUCAGCGUUGCCAGGGUGGCAUCAACACGUUCGCCAUCGCUGGCGCAGUCUUCAUGCUCAGCGCUGGGCUGUGCGGGCUGACGGCCACCGUGUGGUACUACGUGGCUGUGAACAAUGAGGGACAGCUGAUGGAGACCUGUAACGCGCUGCGCUUCGGGUGGGUGGGUGUCGGCGCGUCACUUUUGACCGGCGGUGGUUGGUUGGUAUCGUUCUUACAGCCUCCACCUUUUACAACAUGAGGCUGUCCAGAGAGCCGGUUGAUGCCCCCGCUGCCACUUUCGUUCGUUCCAAGCGGGCCGAGAUCAUCAACUUUGGUUUCUUGUUAUCCGGCUACAAUUUGCACAAAUGGUGAAAGCUUCCAAUCAAAACAUUUUCAUUCAUUCUUGUUGUGUCAGUUACAUUUGCUCCGAUAUUUUUCGAAAUGAUAGCGGGAGGUACACGUUGUUAGCUAGCUCAAGCACACAGUCCGUAUUAGCAAAGCCGUGGUCAUGUUUGUUGUUAAUUGUUUGCACGCACAUUUGUUUUGAAUUUCCAUAAUAAAGUACUUCACAAAGAAA